CUAUCUGUAUAGAUACAGACUGUAUCAGAUCUAUUCUAUCUGUAUAGAUACAGACUGUGUCAGAUCUAUUCUAUCUGUAUAGAUACAGACUGUCAGAUCUAUUCUAUCUGUAUAGAUAGAGACUGUAUCAGACCUCUUCUAUCUGUAUAGAUACAGACUGUAUCAGACCUCUUUUAUCUGUAUAGAUACAGACUGUAUCAGAUCUAUUCUAUCUGUAUAGAUACAGACUGUAUCAGAUCUAUUCUAUCUGUAUCUAUAUCAGACAAAUGCAGACCCAUCUCCAACAAACUCAGCAAUUCUUUAUUUUUCUUCUUCUUCUUCUUCCUCCUCUUCUCUCUUUUUCAAACUCAGUGAUGGAUCACCUCUCCUCUCCUCUCCUCCACCCCCCUGAUCACCAACACCCCUCUCACUCCCCCUGCACGUUCAUUCACCCACCAUUUCUGCUGGUUGGAAUGCCACGUCGCUGUCUUCUGCCCAACCAUUGGCCAGGGAUGGAAACAGAAUCAUCCUCGUUAGUUCUCAUUGAAGACUUUAGUUUAGCUAUAGCUCUCUGCCGGUGGCAAAAGUGUGUGUUUUAUGUGUCUAUGUGUCUAGUCAGACUGUCAUGUCAAACAAAAGAUGAGGGGACAAACUGUGUAUGUGUAUGUCACCCUAAAGUAAAUAGUUACACAUUUACAUUUUACUUUACAUGUGCACACAUGGAGACGAUGUUUUGUUUGAGAGAGGCUGACAUGUGAUAGAUCUUCUUAUGACAUUUAAUCACAUUUCUGCUCUUGUAUCUGGCGGGGGAUUCUGUGUGGCUGUUCAUUUCUUUUUGGUGCAUGUUUUCCAGGUGUGGAAAAUAAAGUCAUUUUUCAUUUCAGGUGUUGGUAAACUGCAUGGGGCUACAGGAGGCACUGACACAGUGAGGGGGAGAUUAUGGGGAGGACAAGGGAGGUAAACUUCAGAUGUUGCCCGUGGUAACGAGAUUGGAAAGAAAGAAGGUGGUUGCUGGGAUGAAGAUACUUUGGCGAGAGAGACUUAUCUUGUGUGUUAAGUCAAACCAGUCCAUAUGUAUCAGUAAAGAUAAGGCCUCAGCUUUCUCUUUCAAGAUCCUUACCCUGAGCUUCUGUUCUGAAGUAUUGUUAGGGUAUGCAUGGUGGUUAGUGUAGUUCUGAAUGUUUGUUAGGAUAUGCAUGGUGGUUAGUGUAGUUCUGAAUGAUUGUUAGGGUAUGCAUGGUGGUUAGUGUAGUUCUGAAUGUUUGUUAGGGUAUGCAUGGUGGUUAGUGUAGUUCUGAAUAUUUGUUAGGAUAUGCAUGGUGGUUAGUGUAGUUCUGAAUGAUUGUUAGAAUAUGCAUGGUGGUUAGUGUAGUUCUGAAUGAUUGUUAGGAUAUGCAUGGUGGUUAGUGUAGUUCUGAAUGAUUUUUAGGGCAUGCAUGGUGGUUAGUGUAGUUCUGAAUGAUUGUUAGGGUAUGCAUGGUGGUUAGUGUAGUUCUGAAUGUUUGUUAGGAUAUGCAUGGUGGUUAGUGUAGUUCUGAAUGAUUGUUAGGGUAUGCAUGGUGGUUAGUGUAGUUCUGAAUGAUUGUUAGGAUAUGCAUGGUGGUUAGUGUAGUUCUGAAUGUUUGUUAGGAUAUGCAUGGUGGUUAGUGUAGUUCUGAAUGAUUGUUAGGAUAUGCAUGGUGGUUAGUGUAGUUCUGAAUGUUUGUUAGGAUAUGCAUGGUGGUUAGUGUAGUUCUGAAUGAUUGUUAGGGUAUGCAUGGUGGUUAGUGUAGUUCUGAAUGAUUGUUAGGGUAUGCAUGGUGGUUAGUGUAGUUCUGAAUGAUUGUUAGGGUAUGCAUGGUGGUUAGUGUAGUUCUGAAUGCGCUCUGUUCUUUUAGCUGUGGUCAUAGGGAGUGAGCUAGUGUGACGCGCACCACGGUUCAUUAAGGCAACAGGAACUAGAUAUCUCUGUUUACCUCAAUGCUGUUUAACCAACUAUCCAUCAUCAGAUGUGAGUAGUUUGAAUGUUUCUUUCAUUCCUCUUUCAGGACGGCCACACAGACUCCUGAUACAAUACUACAAACUGCAUUAAAAUGUCUUCACACUGUUUUGUUGGAUGAAUAGUUUGUUGUGUACUGCAUUAGUUUAGGUUGUUAGAUAACAUUCCUUUCUUAGAAAUUUUAAGCGUCUUACAUUUUUUUUUAUGCUUAUAAUUGAAGUUUACUAGUAAUAUAAAUUCUACAGUCAUGUAAAAUAGGUUGUAACAGGAAGGUAAAUAAAAAUUAAAGCAUCAAACGCAUCUCGGUUGUAUAAGAAGAAUAAAAUAAACUCAAAUUAAAAAUGUCUAUUCUCCA